CCACUCUCACGUAUCCCAAAAUGUUUGACAAAUUCCUCGAGCUCGCGACUUGUCUGUUUUUCCCGAUUCGUUUUAUGAGUCUGGCCGCUUCUUAUAUUCCAGGAACAAUACUGUCUCUUCUCGUUGAUUCCGAGUUUCGCACGCUGUUGUCGCCAUCCAGAUUCAAGGAAGCCGUGAGUUUAUGAUUUUGGAGAAGUUCCGUUCCUAAUCUCUCCCCACUUCUGGCUCGUGUUUUAAUCAGACCCUACUUUCUAUCAUUUUAUAUUCUUGUACAAUAAUAGCAUCUUGUUUUCUACGCAAGUCUUCACUGUCAAUUUGAUCUCAUAUAUAUCCUCACUUCAUCACGGAGACCAAAAUAACGAACUCCCAACUGACUCCCUACCCAGUGGUUCGCUCGCUUCUGGUCCAAAUAUGGCCCCCUUGUACGCGAAGGAAACUCCCCUCGGGUCUCACCCUUAUUGAAACUCGCGCACGGCGUCGUCCUCGACAUUGGUCCCGGAAGCGGAGAAUGGCUUCCUCAUUUCGACCCUUCCAAGAUAACCAAGAUAUACGGGAUCGAACCAAACGUCGGACAUCAUGCCCGUCUUCGUGAAAGAAUCUCAGAAGUGGGAUUGAGCUCCAAAUACAUCAUCGCUCCUGUUGGUGUCGAGGAUCUGGAUGAAUGGAUGAAGAAUGAAGAUGACUGGCAUGGAGCAGAUUCUAUAAUCACUGUUCUUUGUUUGUGUUCUAUUCCUCAGGCUGAAGGUAUUAUCAAAGGUUUAUAUGGAUGUUUGAAGCAAGGUGGUUGUUGGAUUGUUCAUGAACAUGUUAAAGCCAAGGAAGGCCGAUGGAUCGGGUGGUAUCAAUGUUCGUCCUCCCGCACACUAUCUUCCUGUCUAUGAAUAAAAUCUUAAUGCCAACUUCUAUGCAACAGAUUCCGUCAACUUCAUCUGGCCUCAUUUCAUCGGCGGAUGUUCCAUCACGAAGGACACGGAGGCGCUAUUGAAGCGAGCUGGGCCGUGGAGUAAAGUCGACCUUUCUCAACCUGAAGGGGAAUCCGAAUAUUCGGCUCUGCCGCAUGUAAGGGGGACUUUGGUCAAGUAAUUUAGAUGUCGAGGGCCAGAAACUGACAUAGGAGGUCAUAUUGGGUAGGCAGAGUAGUUGUUUGUUUAUUUUAUGAACGUGAAGGGGGGUAAGAGAUUGAUUGUUGAUAGAUAAAUUGUACAAAGAAAAUACAAGAGGUUGUUCGGUGCUACUCGCAUUUCCCCCAUCAUGAAAAACAAUCAACCAUGAAGAUAAGAAACCAAAAAGAUAGAAGUCGUGAAGUUCCCUCGUCUCUUACUCCCAAAUGUCACGAAAUUUACUUCGCAACCAUAGCCGCCAGUUCGAUCAUCUUCC